AUGUCAGAAUUUAUUAACGAGAAUCCAGAUGUUAUAGAUGAAACUUUGCUACCCUCAAGGAAACAAGACCCUCUUACAAAUGAACUACUUGACAACAUACCAGGGUCUUUAGACGUUAACAGAAAACGUCAACUACUUCAAAUUGGAUCUAUGGAAUCGGGGGUUGUUCAAAAUAUCGGACUGUUAGAGAAGCUUUUACAUCAGCAGUUGAGCAUAAAAAACAGCACGUCAUUACCAGACUUGACAGAGUCAGAGACAGAUAACGAAAGUGAAAGCGAAAAUGAGGUAGAAGACCCUAUCGAUUCGCAAGAAAUAUACGAUCUAAUAGCACAUAUUAGUGAUCCAGAACAUCCACUUACUUUGGGACAACUAUCGGUGGUUAACUUGGCUGACAUAGAAGUUCACGACAAUGGAGAUAAAACUAAAAUGGCAGAGGUUAUUGUCAGAAUCACUCCCACUAUUACACACUGUUCUCUAGCCACAUUGAUCGGUUUGGGCAUAAGAGUGCGUUUAGAACGUAGUCUUUCACCAAGGUUUAGAAUUACCAUUCUACUCAAGAAGGGAACUCACCAAAGCGAGAACCAAGUUAACAAACAACUAAAUGAUAAAGAACGUGUUGCUGCGGCAUGUGAAAAUGAUCAACUACUGGGAGUUGUUUCAAAGAUGCUAAGCACUUGUAAAUAA